AUGGAUUUGAAGUCUGGCUCAGAUGGAAAAGUAGAUUUCAAGGACUUGGAUGCUUUGUUUGAGAUAUUACAGAAUGAGCGAUGCUUCAAGAUACAAAUAAUAACUCUUGAAUCAUACGAUGUUUUUGAAGAAGCGCUUGCGGACAGACAUGUUAAGUAUGUACGACAGUUCAGUUCCAACCUAAAGCCCUGCUCUCUUCCAGUGCUUAUUCUGGCUGACAGUGAUGAUUAUGAUAUUCCUGAGAAUGGAAGAUACAUUCUGCUGAGUAAUAAGCGCCACAGGGAGUUUGUGCAGAUUGUGUUGCGCCCCACUAUUGAAGAGAAACUUGCGGUUGUUGGAUAUAAAUAUGUUGUUUAUGCGCAUAAAUUAAAGAGCAUCACCGCGCUUAGACGAAUUACCUGUAAGAAGCAACUUGCAUACGAAGAUUUUUUUUCAAGAGGAUUAAAUUAUUUUGAAAGCAUAAUCAUGCUUGUUGUGAAACGUAAGAGUAGGUUUGUAGACAUUCUAAACGGUGUAAAUGAAAUUGAUGCAAGUUUAUGCAAUGGAUUUGUACUGAAGAUGAAAUUGAACGACUUGAUUAAGAAAAUGUAUGUGACAAGGAAAGGAGACAGCUACAAGGUGAACGUGAGUGAUGAGGUUUUGAGAUGUAUGUGGCGCAGAGCUGGACUUUCGGAGUUUGUGUGA